CGCAGGCCCGACGCCCAGCUUCCGGGCGCUCCAUCCUCCGGCGAGUGGGGCGCGUUAAAGCAGCGGUGGCGGUUCCAGGGCCGUGAGGGGAGCGCCUUUUGUAACACAAAUGGGUGAUGAAAAGGAAUCGUGGAAGGUGAAAACAUUAGAUGAGAUUCUUCAGGAGAAGAAACGCCGGAAGGAGCAGGAGGAAAAAGCAGAUACCAAGCGCCUCAAAAAUUCUGAUGACCGGGACUCAAAGCGGGAUUCCCUUGAAGAGGGGGAGUUAAGAGAUCACCGUAUGGAGAUAACUAUUAGAAAUUCACCUUACAGGAGAGAAGACUCUAUGGACGACAGGGGAGAGGAGGACGAUUCCCUGGCUAUCAAACCGCCCCAGCAAAUGUCACGCAAGGAGAAAGCCCACCACAGAAAAGACGAGAAGCGGAAAGAAAAAAGACGGCAUCGCAGUCAUUCAGCAGAAGGGAAACAUGCUAGGGUGAAAGAGAAAGAACGCGAGCAUGAACGUAGAAAAAGGCACCGCGAAGAGCAGGAUAAGGCCCGUCGCGAAUGGGAGAGGCAAAAAAGGAGAGAAUUGGCUAGGGAACACUCGCGGAGAGAGAGAGACCGCUUGGAGCAACUGGAACGAAAACGGGAACGGGAAAGGAAAUUAAGGGAACAGCAGAAGGAGCAGCGAGAGUUGAAAGAACGGGAGAGGCGAGCGGAAGAAAGGAGGAAAGAACGGGAAGCCAGACGAGAGAUCUCAGGGCAUCAUAGGACAAUGAGGGAAGACUACGGAGAGAAAGUAAGAAUUUGGAGCCGAAGUCCUCUACGGCAACAGAGAGAAAAACUUGAACCGUCAGAAAUCAGGAAGCCAGUAAGAGAGGAGAAACCAGAAGAAAAAGACCCCUUGUCAGAUCUCCAAGAUAUCAGUGACAGCGAACGAAAAACCAGCUCGGCCGAAACGUCAUCAGGGGAAUCUGGAUCAGCUUCAGAAGAAGAGGAGGAGGAAGAGGAAGAGGAGGAAGAAGAAUCCAGCAGCGAAGAGUCUGAAGAGGAGGAAGAGGAGGAGGAGGAGGAAGAAGAGGAGGAGACAGGAAGCAAUUCGGAGGAAGUAUCCGAACAGUCAGCUGAAGAGGUGAGCGAAGACGAAAUGAGCGAAGAAGAGGAACGGGAAAACGGAGACCACCUUCCAGUUGUUACAGAGUCGAGAUUCGACCAGGAUUCUGUGGGAAGCGAAGCUGAGGAAGACGACAUCGCUGAAGGGACCCCGCAGUCCAACGUUAUGACGGAAGGCGAAUAUCUUCCCGAUUCCCCAAUCUGCUCGCCCAUAGAACUGAAACGGGAGCUGCCCAAAUAUCUCCCAGCCCUUCAGGGCUGCCGUAGCGUGGAAGAAUUCCAGUGUUUGAACCGGAUCGAAGAAGGGACUUACGGCGUGGUGUACAGAGCAAAAGACAAAAAAACAGAUGAAAUUGUGGCCUUGAAGCGAUUAAAAAUGGAGAAGGAAAAAGAAGGUUUUCCUAUUACUUCCUUAAGAGAGAUCAACACCAUCCUCAAAGCUCAGCACCCAAAUAUUGUCACUGUUAGGGAGAUUGUCGUGGGUAGCAACAUGGACAAGAUCUACAUUGUGAUGAACUACGUUGAACACGACCUCAAAAGCUUGAUGGAAACCAUGAAACAGCCUUUUCUGCCAGGAGAAGUGAAAACUUUGAUGAUUCAAUUGCUCCGGGGGGUAAAACACCUCCACGACAACUGGAUUCUGCACCGAGACUUGAAAACUUCUAACCUGCUCCUGAGUCAUGCUGGGAUUUUAAAAGUUGGAGACUUUGGACUGGCCCGAGAAUACGGUUCUCCCUUAAAGCCGUACACCCCGGUUGUCGUAACGUUGUGGUACCGAGCACCCGAGCUCUUACUUGGAGCCAAGGAAUAUUCCACAGCCAUCGACAUGUGGUCCGUGGGUUGCAUCUUUGGAGAGCUGUUAACCCAGAAGCCGCUUUUCCCAGGGAAAUCUGAAAUCGACCAAAUUAACAAAGUUUUUAAAGACUUGGGAACUCCAAGUGAAAAAAUUUGGCCGAGUUAUAACGAGCUGCCAGCGGUCAAAAAAAUGACCUUCACGGAGUAUCCAUACAACAACCUUCGCAAACGGUUCGGUGCCCUCCUCUCGGAUCAAGGAUUCGAUCUCAUGAAUAAAUUCUUGACCUACUACCCCGGAAGAAGGAUCACUGCCGAAGACGGCUUAAAGCACGAAUAUUUCCGCGAGACCCCACAACCCAUUGACCCCUCCAUGUUUCCAACAUGGCCGGCCAAAAGCGAACAACAGCGAGUGAAACGGGGCACCAGCCCGCGGCCCCCAGAAGGAGGACUGGGAUACAGUCAGCUGGGCGACGACGACAUAAAAGAUACCGGUUUCCACCUGACGACCACGAAUCAAGGCGCCUCGGCCGCAGGGCCCGGAUUCAGCCUGAAGUUUUAAAACGGAAGGGGCCGAAGGUUGCGCGAUCGUGCGAGAGGAACCAGAAGGAAAGGGAAUUUUUGUGUUCUCUGGGGGAACGGAAAAAAAAACAUCGGGCUAUGCCGAUUUCUUUUUCCUUUUUGGCAGAAAUAUUCUCUGCAGUUGGGACCAGCUUUUGGAUCAAAGUAGAGAAAGUUGGAUUCCUUUUUAAGGAUUGGAAUUAAUUCAAAAAAACCAAGGACCCUUUCGAGGGGGAGGGGGGGAAAAACCACCAUGAUCAUCACCAUCAUGAGAACAAAAUCCCAGCUAACUUCAGGAACUAUUAUUUUUUUAAAGAAAACACUUCUUGUUUCUAUUUAUGCUUUUUCCAUCCGGAUUAGUUUUUUUCUUCUUCUUGUUUGUACAUAUG